GUCCUCUACACAGCCAUUCUAGUCAUUCUGAACGAUACCCUAGCCUACGUCUUUGGUGUGACGCUGGGGCGGCGAGCACUCUUGCCGACCAUUUCGCCCAAAAAAACCUGGGAAGGAUUUGCCGGGGCCGGGAUCACGACCAUGCUACUAUCACCGCUUGUUUGGAAGUUACUCUUCCACGGAUCGGACGCAACGGAACUCGUGAUCGAGUAUGGUCGGCACGGUCUGGUACUCAGUGUAUUCGUCAACACCUUGGCCCCCUUUGGGGGCUUUGUCGCCUCCACAUUGAAACGCGCGUACGGUCACAAGGAUUUUGGUACCCUCAUUCAAGGCCACGGAGGUUUGAUGGAUCGUCUCGAUUGUCAACUCUUCACGGCACCCUUUCUAUACCUAUACUUGCAA